UUUAUAAUGGCAAAACUAGAUGACUUCUUGAAUAAGAAGAAAGAAACAGCUCCAAUUUUAGAUUUAUCAAAAACUGUUGCGAAUUCGAAAGAAGAAUUCAGAAGGCUCCUGGAGAAAGUUCCAGAUUUCAAAAUGAAGGCGGAAAGGGUGUUGCCAGAGAGUAUCAAAAUCAAGGAUAAGGGCUUCAAGUUCAAAUCCGGCAAGAAACAGAUGAAGGCUGCCAAAGACAAGUAUACUUUCAUGGAUCCUCUACCACUGGAAAUGAAGAGUUUGAAGCUUGAUGAUCUUGCGGCUGUAUCAAUCGAUUGGAAAAUGUUAACAACUCUUCGACCAAAAAGCAAAGUGGAGGAAAAUUAUUUUUCCAGGUAA